CGCCCGAGUGACGGCGCACGUUUGGCUGACGUAACGCCGUGCCGCGGCAUCAUCUCCGUGCGCCGGGAGCAGCUGGUCCGGCGGCCGGCGCUAUGAGCGCGGACGAUGACCUGAGCCUGCUGGUCGUAAUCAUUGACACCAACCCCAUCUGGUGGGGGAAGAAGGCGCUAGGAGAAGCUGAGCAGUUCACCCUAUCAAAAUGCAUCGAUGCAGUGAUGGUGCUGGGAAACUCACACUUACUUAUGAACCGCAACAACAGACUUGCUGUGAUAGCAAGUCACACACAAGAAAGCCGUUUCUUGUACCCUGGGAAGGGUUGGACUGCUGCAGAGUUCUUUGGAGAUGGUGGUGGUUCCGUGGAAUCUAAUUGCUCUGGCAGCAAGGAUGGAAAAUACGAGUUGUUAACAGCAAUCAAUGAUGCAAUUGCAGAAGAGAUUAAAGACCUCAUGACAAAAAGUGACAUGAAGGGCCAGCAAACAGAAACACUGUUAGUAGGAUCACUCUCUAAAGCCCUUUGUUAUAUCAACAGGAUGAACAAAGAUGUGAAAGGCAAUCAAGAAAUGAAAUCAAGGAUUUUGGUCAUAAAAGCAGCGGAAGACAGUUCAUUGCAAUAUAUGAACUUCAUGAAUGUGAUCUUUGCAGCACAGAAACAGAGUGUUUUGAUUGAUGCUUGUGUAUUGGAUUCUGAUUCAGGUCUCCUACAACAGGCUUGUGACAUUACGGGUGGCAUAUAUCUGAAAGUGCUCCACAUGCCAUCCCUUCUGCAGUAUUUGUUGUGGGUGUUUCUCCCUGAUCAAGAGCAAAGAUCACAGCUUGUCCUUCCACCUCCCGUUCAUGUCGACUACAGAGCUGCAUGCUUCUGUCACCGCAACCUCAUUGAAAUCGGUUACGUGUGCUCCGUGUGCUUGUCAAUAUUCUGCAACUUCAGUCCUAUUUGUAGCACAUGCGAGACUGCUUUCAAAAUAUCAUUGCCGCCUGUCAUGAAAGCCAAGAAGAAGAAAUUAAAGGUGGCUGCGUAACUACAUUAUGUAAAUCCAUCAUUACCUCCUCCAGGAAUUAUGUAAGGUGGAAGAUGCUUGAAGAACUGGUGAUAUUGGAUCUGAGAGAACUGUAUGCAGUGUUAUUGCUUGUUUCUUAAGGGAUGAAUACCCAAAUUGUAUGUGUUCUACACAGCCCUCUAAGUAACAAAUCACUGUAUUGCCACGUAACUUGUGCUGGUUUAAAUGUGAGAGGAGCCAGGAGUUACAGCCUGCUAAGACACAUACCCUGGGAAGGAGAAGAAGGUGUCCUGGCCACUGCCAACGUUUCACUCCUCCAGGUUAUGUCCAAAGACAAGAAAACUGGUUCUUUUUGUGCACUGGUGUGAAGGUAAGAAUGACCCUUUCUAGUGCAUAGAUCAGACCCUGAGCACUGUGUUGUUGAGGGACUUCAAUCUCUUGCUAGGUUUUGCUAGCAAUGUUUGGCCUGCCCUACCUGUGCACUCACAUGUGUUCGUAUUCCUUUGGCUGUA